UUAUCCAUUACAAGAAGCGCGUAUAAGAACCCUGAGAACCAUGGUUGUGUCGGAGAAAACAAGCAUGGACAGGAGAGAAAAUCAAGAAAUAUGCACAGUACAGAAAGACUGGGGACCUCUAGUUAAUUGUAAACCAGUAUUAACACCAGAUUCUAAACACCUGUUAGCUGCCUCGGGGUGCUCAGUAAAGGUCUUCAGUACAGCAAGUGGGAGCCUCAUACAGGAAUUCAUAGGGCACAGACACAAGGUGAUAGGCAUUGUUCAACAUGGCAACCAGUACAUCACUUGUGAUGCCAAAGGAGAGAUGCGCACAUGGUCCUCAGAAAAACAAGAAUGCCUUGAGAAAGUCAGGCUCCUGGAGGACAGUUCGCAGAAUACAGGGCAGGUUGUGGCGUUCCAGAUAAUGAAGGAAUGCCAACAGGUUCUCCUCUUGGUAAAGAAAACCAGCAAGAAGAAAGGCUUGCUGAUGAAGUUCUCGCGGCCGUUCGGCAAGGGAGGCCCAGUAGUUUUGGCUAAGGACGUGCAGCUGGGACAGGGAAAGAUGGGUGUUUCAAACACUGAUGACUACAUUGCAUAUCUCACUGCUGACAGCCUUUCCAUCGCAGGCAAUGGAUGCACAGUUGCAGGCAAGGCAGUGUUAAGACACAUGGCAGGCACACGGCCCUUCACCUGCCUGGUGUGGAAUCCUCGGCAGGAGAUGCUGGCGACGGGAGACAUCACCGGUCGCAUUGUGCUCUGGUACAACCUGAUAAAUACAGUUCCCGCACAGACAGUCCUCCAUUGGCACACGCUGCCUGUUGAGGAUCUCGCCUUCUCGGUUCUUGGAAAUGAAUUGUACAGCGGAGGAGGCGAGUGUGUGUUAGUCAAGUGGCUCCUCCCAGAAGACCGCAGACACUACCUCCCCCGCCUCGGAAUGCCCAUCAAAACCAUCACCACAGACGUCAGCAACAAUUUAGUCAUAACCGGACACACGGACAAUGCAUUUACGGUCAUAGCAUCCAAGACAAAUAAAGUACAAGGCAACAUUCAAGACCUUAGUAUCAAUUUAGAGAGCUCAGAGUCAUUCCCGGCUGGCAUUGUCUUUGACCCCAAAACAGGAGCUGUUGUCUUGAACGGAAGGACGGGACACGUUCAGCUUUACGACAUUCAUCACAACAAACAGUUAUUCCACCUGGACAUAACACAAACCAACUACAUCACUCAGGAGAGGCACCAGGUAAUCUAUAAUACCCAGGUCAUACGCAUGGCCAUGUCUGCAGAUGGCCUUUGGUUGGCCACCGUAGAAUACAGGGAUGAUUUCCAAACGUCCAUAGAACAGCGGGUCAAAUUUUGGCAUUAUAGCAUCGUAGAUCAAAACUGGUACUUGGACACCAGUGUAGAGAUGCCACACGACAAAAGCAUAAACAGCAUCGUCUUCAAGCCUUCCUCAGGAUCCGCAAGUAGUCCAGAGUUUGUGACAUGCUCAGAUGACGGAAAGUUCAAGGUUUGGGAAAUCAUCAAGGAUGCAAAUAUCUACCGUGAGUGUAUUAUGAAUGAUGCCCGUGUGUACAGAAUGGAAGCCUUUGCUAGCAUGACAGCCAACUACUGCAACCUUCUCAUCCCUGCAGCAGUCACAAGCGAAGAGAAGCAAGUGCAGCAAAUGAAAGAAGAACAGCUGAGACAAACAGAAAUGCAGAGGAAGAAGACAAAGAAACUGGCCAAGAAGAAGAAGAAAGACCUGGAACGAGUCCCCAACGCCAACUUCAGCGAGCUCUUGGAAAUGCAACAAGACAAGAUUCCAAAGCACAGGAAAGUGUCCAGGUAUAAUAAAACUGGCAGCAUCAGGGCCUUGAAGACACGUAGCUUGGUUCUUCGACCCAGAUGCAUUGGAGAGCCCCAGUCUCAGGAUCUGUCAGAAGGAAUCACAGUGCAUGGCAUCAAACGCCUUCUUGAGGUCGAUGUGGUCUCUGAUACAUCUCAGAAGGAUAUGAGCGAGAACCUUACCCGGUAUACCGAGUGUAAUGCCUCGGUGAUUGCUGCAGACCCACCAAUCGCCUUUCUCCUUCCAGAGAGGUUUCUCAGGCUGACGAACCUAAUGUUUCUGAGGCAACAGAAUCGGAAGAACAGGCAGGUCGAGGAUCCCAGCCCCUCCUGUGCCGGAGGAGAACACUCCCAGCUCAGCGGGAAAAGGCUGACCUUUCUGCGAAAGGGAAAAAUUUGUGCCGCUCCUGCACCCGUAAAAGGGGCAGGGUAUAGCCGAAUGCCACGUAGGGUUUCAGGUAAACCGGGCGCCGCCACACCUUGGCCCGUAGGCACGCUGGCCUCAUUCGAGGUCAAGCUCGACAAGAGCUUCGGCGUGGCCAACAAGUACGGGCGGGGCGGCCAGUCCCAGAAGCGCUCCGCCAGGCUGGCGGACGAGAGCCGCCUGAACCACCUGAAGGCGGUGUACGGGCGCAUGGAGGGGAACCUCCUGGACGGAAAUUCCCCCCCUGGUGGGAGGAUCGUGGGGGGCCCGGGGCCCCAUGAAGAUACGAAGGAGCUCGUCGGCGACGGCAGGGAUCAUGGCGACCUCGAAGCUCUCGCCGAGCUUCUUCUUGAGGCCCUUGCUGGCUCGCUCGUGGCCGAGCACCAGCCUUUCGCGGCUCAGCUUAUCCAUUCGAGUGGAAGCCAUGGCAGCGGCCUUUGUAAAUCGCUUGCCUCUAAUCUGAUAGUGUGCAGGCGUCGUACAUACCACUUGGUCUGCGGGUACAGCGGUACUUGUGGCAAUGCACCAAAGCACAUGGAGCAGGAAGUUCUGCUUCAUGAAGGGGACUCUCGUGCCCAGUGUCUGGCCGUUGCCAGAAGUCGCCAGAGUUUAUUACACUCAGAUGUCUGUUACCUGUUGGCAUGGGAGUUUUGUGCACUUGGUGGUGAGUUAUUCAUGUCACCCUGGUCUUCAGCUGAAAUUAUCAUGGCAACAAGUUCGUGUCACCCUGGCCUUCAGCUGAAAUUCUCAUGGCAACAAGUCCGUGUCACCCUGGCCUUCAGCCAAAAAAUCCCUGAACAUGUAAAACUCUGGUUAUUUCUGGCAUUUACCAGACACUGGAUGCAGGAGUCGGCUAUAUUGAGCCGAACAUUCCGCUCCUCACGCUCGGGUGCAUCGCCAUGUGUACAGGCUUACCCCGCCAUCCAAGCAAUGGGUGUUUCAAACACUGAUGAUACAUUGCAUAUCUCACUGCUGACAGCCUUUCCAUCGCAGGCAAUGGAUGCCCCAGUUAGGCAAGGCAGUGUUAAGACACAAGGCAGGCACACGGCCCAUCACCAGCCGGGUGUGGAACCUCGGCAGGAGAGGGCUGGCAACGGAGACAUCACCGGUCGCAUUGUGCUCUGGUACAACCUGAUAAAUUUACAGUUCCCGAAACAGACAGUCCUCCUUUGGCACACGCUCCCUGUUGAGGAUCUCGCCUUCUCGGUUCUUGCAUUUACGGUCAUAGCAUCCAAGACAAAUAAAGUACAAGGCAACAUUCAAGACCUUAGUAUCAAUUUAGAGAGCUCAGAGUCAUUCCCGGCUGGCAUUGUCUUUGACCCCAAAACAGGAGCUGUUGUCUUGAACGGGAAAGGGCGGGAACGUUCAGCUUUAACGACAUUCAUCACAACAAACAGUUAUUCCACCUGGUACUUGACAAACCCGGAGAGAUGCCACCGACAAAAGCAUAAACAGCAUCGUCUUCAAGCCUUCCCAGGAUCCGCAAGUAGUCCAGAGUUUGUGACAUGCUCAGAUGACGGAAAGUUCAAGGUUUGGGAAAUCAUCAAGGAUGCAAAUAUCUACCGCAAGAGUGAUUUCUGGAGCUGCACUCGCGUUGGGUUCUACCGCCACCUCCCAGCCACAGCGGUGAACAUGUCGCAUGAUGGAUCCCUGAUUGCUGCAGGCUUUGCCAACAUCCUCACCCUCUGGCUGCCACAGUCAUGCCACCUCAAGGGAACCCUGUCACAGCCCUACCUCAAGGAACACAUCAAGCAAAUAGAAUUUGGGAGAGGAGAAGGUUGCGGGUCUCUUUUGGUCACAAGAACGGACAGCUGGAUCUGCUCGUGGGACCUUUUCACUUGCACAUUGUCUUGGCGGGUUGGACUCCAGUCAACUUGCAUGGCAGCCGAUCCCCGUUCAUCCCACAUGGCUGUUUUCUCAAAGGACUGUUGUGUAUUUAUCUUUGAGCCCAGCAGCAGUGAACCCAUCUGUGGAAACGGAACAUCAACCCUGCAGAAGUCACGUGCGCGGCCUUCAUUCCCCGCCAAACAAAACUUGACUCAGAGGAAGAGUGGAACGUGCACAGCAAUCUGGUCUUCAUCGACAAGGACAAGACCUUAAGAGUCCUGGAAGAGAAAAGUAAUCAGCUGUCUGUGGAUGGAAAAGCAAUGGAGAUUGUGAAGCACUUUGAGCAGGAGACCUUGAUGAAACCUGCUGCGACCCCCUUCGCUGCCCUUGUUGCCCAGACCCGCACAUCCCACGCAGGCAAGGAGAAGUCCGGCCAGAAGGGGUCAGCUGCCUUUGGGGUCCAGGUGGAGAAUUCAAUGUCAUUUAUACAGAAGAUUAUGAAUGAUGCCCGUGUGUACAGAAUGGAAGCCUUUGCUAGCAUGACAGCCAACUACUGCAACCUUCUCAUCCCUGCAGCCGUCACAAGCGAAGGAAGCAAGUGCAGCAAAUGAAAGAAGAACAGCUGAGACAAACAGAAAUGCAGAGGAAGAAAAAAGAAAAUGGCCAAGAAGAAGAAGAAAGACCUGGAACGAGUCCCCAACGCCAACUUCAGCGAGCUCUUGGAAAUGCUGAG